GUGUGUGUGUGUGUCUGUGUGUGUGUGUGUGUGUGUCUGUGUGUGUCUGUGUCUCUGUGUGUGUGUGUCUCUGUGUGUGUGUGUGUGUGUGUGUGUGUGUGUGUGUGUGUGUGUGUGUGUGUGUGUGUGUGUGUGUGUAGAUGGCCUGGUGUGUUACAGUGUGUGUGUUGCUCCUCCUUGGAUCAGCUGAUGCUCUGAGGACGGACCAACGCUCUGUUCUCCUGAAGCAUGAGCUGGAAUCUGAAGUGCACAUGAACAUAACAGAGAUCAUUAACAGGUGGGGUUACCCUGCUGAGGAGCAUCAGGUGAUGACGGAGGACGGCUUCAUCCUGACGGUCAACAGGAUUCCACAGGGACUCAAACGCAGCGCAGGUCCCCGUCCCGCUGUCUUCCUGCAGCAUGGUUUCCUAGCAGCGGGCAGUAGCUGGGUAACCAACCUUCCUAACAGCAGCCUUGGUUACGUCCUCGCUGACGCUGGAUACGACGUCUGGCUGGGGAACAGCCGAGGCAACACCUGGUCCAGGAGACACCGGGACCUGAAGCCAGACCAGGACGCCUUCUGGAGCUUCAGUCAUGAUGAGAUGGCUCUGAAGGAUCUACCAGCUGUAGUAAACCACAUCCUGAAGCAGACUGGACAGGAACAGAUCUUCUAUAUCGGACACUCACAGGGGACGACUAUAGCAUUCAUGGCGUUCUCCAAACUGCCAGAAUUGGCCAAUAAGAUCAAGCUGUUCAUCGGAUUGGCUCCCGUGGCGACCGUAGCGUUCAUCAGCAGCCCAAUAAAGAAGCUGUCUUUCACGCCCGAAUUCGCCAUCUGGCGCAUGCUUGGUAGGCGGGAACUCCCGACUCACAGUAGGCUGAUCGAGUGGUUUGCUAAGCAUGUGUGUGACAAGAAGCUGUUCAGUAAGUUGUGUGGAAACCUUUUCUUCGCCCUCUCUGGCUUCAACGAGAAGAACCUCAACAUGACUCGGAUCCCGGUCUACAACACUCACUUUCCCGCUGGAACCUCCGUUCAGAACAUGGUGCACUGGGCUCAGAACAUUCGUGGAGGGAAUCUGAUGGCGUUUGAUUUCGGAGUUAAAGGAAACAUGAAGCAUUACAACCAGUGGUGUCCCCCCGCGUAUCGCGUCCAGGACAUGAAGGUUCCCACCGCUCUGUUCUCAGGGGGACAAGAUAAGCUGGCGGACCCUAAAGACGUGGCGCUGCUCCUCAAACAGGUGUCUAACCUGGUCGUCCAUCAUAAAAUAGAGAAAUGGAGCCAUUCGGAUUUUACGUGUGGUCUCGAUGCUCCUGACCAGAUGUUUCCUGACAUCCUGAAGCUGCUGCAGGAGCGUCGCUGAGGACUCGUCACGUUAAUCACGUUUAUAACGUUAAUCACGUUAAUCACGUUAAUCACGUUUAAAAUGUUUUAAUCAGGUUUUUAUAACGUUUUUAUAACGUUUUAAUGACACAGUACGUUCCAUUAAUCAGUGUAUGUUUAUAACAGAAACGUCUCUAAUUAUGACUGAAUCUGUUUUUACUCUUUAAUCCAUGAAACUGUUAAACUUCCAGAAUGUUUGAGUCCAUACCAGCCUCAUGUCCACGCUGGUCAUGUGACCCUGUAAUAAUAUGAACAGUAAAUAUUCUUUACGUUAUAUUUUAGCUGAAGCUGCUAACGUUGAUUCAAUGACAGAAAUGUGUUACUGUCACUUUAAAUAAUUUCUGACACAAAUCAAUAAAUCUGAUUACAAACAUC